AUGUACUCAGCACCGAGUAGUGGCGGAUCAGCAGCAAAAACUUCACUACCAGUUAUUGGAACUAUAUGUUGUGGAGCUCUUCUUUUGUUUUUGCUUGCUGCUACCAUUGUGCUAGCCCUUAUACCCAUUUAUACAGCAACAAAAUCGGCUGCAUUAAAUAGUAAUGCUUUAAAAAGCAAUGAGAUCACAAUGUAUCUCCAGAGUAGUAGUAUUAACAGCGGUCGACGAAGAAGACAGAGUUCACCAAUCAGCGCAUUAAUAAACUGUAUGGGUGGUACAUUUGGACCAUCCGGCAUAGCAAUGCUUGAAAGUGGUAUACAUAGAGCUUGCAGCUCAAACAAGAAAUUCGCUGAUGUAACAGUAUCAAGUGUUACUGUUGCAGCGGAAGGUAAUAGUCGACGAAAACGUUUUUCACUUACAAAACGUCAAGAUGGAAAAUUUAUGUUCGUCGUCAAGUUGUUCAUCUACUUUACAAAGACAUGCGCCCUCUAUCAAUGUCAAGUCUCUAAUGGAGCUUUACUAAAAUCUCUAUUGUUAACCAAUUUAGCAUCAUCUGUGUCUCUUACUGAUGUUCCAAUACUUAAUUCAAGUGGAGGAUUGUGCGCAACUAUAUCUUACAUUCCUAUUUUAGGAGUUUUAAUUCCCGGUGGCAUAGGUCCUUCUGGAUUUCCAUUCGCUGUGAUAGAUGCACGUCCAACAAUUGCUGUAUUAACGUCCACUAGUACAACAACGACCUCAACAGCAUCACAGAAUAUUGGCUAA